GUUUCUGAGCAGUAUUCUCUCACAUUGGAAAAAAGUUUUGCUUCUGAUUCUGAUACCGGAAUUGGAAAUUGGGAAUCCUUCACGUAUACGGCCGCAUGCUGGUAAUGGGUCCGAAGCUAAGCUGAAUUUACCAUUUUGCCUCUGGGUUUUCAUGAAAGAGCUUUGAGGAUGAGAAUGAGCCACGUUGCAUGCGAUGGAAUAGGAGAGGGAAUGAACAGGAUGGAGAUAAAAAAGAAGCCCACUAGGGUUUCUGAAAAUAAAAUCUUCUUCACAGUGUUACUGCGACCAAUACUAAUGUAAGUAUUGUUUAUACAUACAGGCAUACACAAGUAUAUGAGGGGUCCGUGUUUUCUGUGGGAUUGGAAAAAAGAUUUUUUUUUUUUUAAGUUAAUGCCAUAUGAGGUUAUGUAUAGUGAUUUUUAUAGGUUAAUCUUGAACUUUCAAAUUGAUCACUAUACCGAGUGAGAAGACCUCAGAUGGUAUUCGUGAGGCUGCGGUGCAUCCUCGUAAUAAAAGCAGUGUUUUAUUUUUUUAUUUUUAUUUUUAUUUUUUGAAAAAGUUGAAGUAUUGUUGUGUGGUUCUUGUUCUUUUGUUUGCUCUGGCUGAAAUAGGAGCAGCUGAGCUCCUUCUCCUGUGUAGGAGAUACUCUGAUAUUGCUAUAACUGCUCUCUCUCUCUCUCUCUCUCUCUCUCUCUCUCUCUUUAUAAACUCAUAUGAAUGUGAUCAAGAGCAUUACAGUUCAGUGGUUCAUUGGUUUUUUUUGACUGUGGGGUUAUUUCUGUUUUCUUGAGAGAUGAGAUUAGCGUGUUCUCAUUCUUGUUGCUUUCACAAGGUCGCUAGUGAUCUUAUGGGUUUUGUGAGAUGAUGGGAUUGGGUGGUUUCUGAUGUUAAAGCUAUUUUCUUUAUUAGACAUCGCUAUGUUGCAAGUGAAGGAAUGUUUUAGGAGUCUGAAAAUUCCCCAAUUUCUUGAUUGUGUGAGUGUGCAUUGGGUUUCUUGCAAUUACACGUAGAUAGGAAUGGAGGGUUCAUCUGAGUCUGGUUGGCAGAGGUCUGACAGUUCCAGAGGGCUGAAUUCCUCGCCCUUCGGUGAUAGAAAUCUGAGAUUGCUUCAUGGAAGCUCUAUAAGGUCAUCUAGUAAUGCAUCACUUGAUUCUGGGUUUAUACCAGCAAGAAAGGGAAGGGAGAGAGUUCUGUUACCUCAAACAAAUCGACUUAGUGCCCAUACUGGGUUUUCUGAGGAUGGGCAAGCGCCUGGUAGAGUUGGCAGUGGCUUAGAUGGUAGGGAGGUUAGUUUGAGAAAGUGGUUGGACAAUCCAGAAAGAACAGUUGAUGCACUUGAAUGUUUGCACAUAUUCACCCAAAUUGUAGAAAUUGUUAAUAUGGCACAUUCUCAGGGAAUUGUUGUUCAUAAUGUACGGCCCUCGUGCUUUGUUAUGUCCUCAUUCAACCGUGUUGCUUUUAUUGAAUCCGCGUCCUGCUCCAAUUCCACUUCGGAUUCACUUGAAGAUGGAUUAAACAGCCAAACCGCACAGUGUAAGGGCCGUGAAUCUGUACAAGAAGGAAGGCAGUUGCUUACUCAAAGAUUGCAACCUGGGAGGAAUCCUACUAAUCCUUCUCCCAUAGUGUCUGAAACCAUUUGCCAACAGCAACAAUCAGGCCAUGCUAUGCCUUGUUCUGAUGGCAAGAAUCAGCAGACGGAGGAGGCGGAGGAGGAGAAGAAGAAGCAUCCAUUCCCCAUGAAACAGAUAUUGCUUUUGGAAACUAAUUGGUACACUAGUCCUGAAGAGGUAGCUGGUGCUCCAAGUUCUUGUGCUUCAGACGUUUAUCGACUAGGAGUCCUCCUCUUUGAGCUAUUCUGCACAUUCAGUUCACAAGAAGAAAAAAGUACUACUAUGUCUAGUCUGAGACAUCGAGUGCUCCCACCUCAGUUGCUUUUGAAGUGGCCCAAAGAAGCUUCAUUUUGCUUGUGGUUACUGCACCCUGAGCCCAGUAGUAGGCCAAAUUUGGGUGAGUUGUUACAAAGUGAGUUCCUUAAUAAUCCAAGAGAAAAUUUUGAAGACCGGGAAGCAGCAAUAGAGCUUAGAGAAAAAAUAGAUGAGCAGGAACUGUUGCUGGAGUUCCUUUUGCUGACGCAACAGAGAAAAGAAGAGGCCGCAGAUAAUUUGAAUGAGACGAUAUCUUUUCUCUCUUCUGAUAUAGAAGAAGUUACAAAUAUGCAGACUGCCCUGAGGAAAAAGGGAGGAUCUAACAUGGAAGUAGGCAAAGAUCCAGCCUCAAACAGGACUAAUAAGAAUGAUAACGAUGAUUCUGGGAACUCUGGAUCUAGAAAGCGAUCCAGGCCAGGCAUUUGUACUUGCAAUUUGGAAGAGUCUGGUGACCAUCCAGAUAAGUAUCAGAUAUCCAAGACAGCUGUUGAAAAUCAAGGGAGCUUUCUCUCAAAAAGUUCCCGAUUGAUGAAAAAUUUCAAGAAAUUAGAGUCAGCUUAUUACUUGAUGAGACGCAGAGCAGUAAAACCUACAGAUAAACCAUCGAAUAGACAUUCUCAAAUAAGUAGUGAUGGCAAGGGUUCUAUUGUAGCUACUGAAAGAAGUUCUGUCAGUAAUUUGUCAUCAAAACCCAACUCCGAUAAGGAGACACCAAGUGGAUGGAUCAAUUCAUUCUUGGAGGGCUUGUGCAAGUAUCUCUCUUUUAGUAAGUUAGAAGUGAAGGCAGACUUGAAGCAAGGGGAUCUUCUAAAUUCUUCAAAUCUUGUAUGUGCUCUCAGCUUUGACCGUGAUGGUGAAUUUUUUGCAAGUGCUGGUGUAAAUAGGAAGAUUAAGAUUUUUGAAUACAAUUCAAUCUUAAAUGAAGAUCAUGAUAUUCAUUAUCCUGUUGUCGAAAUGGCUAGUAGAUCAAAGCUGAGCAGUAUUUGUUGGAAUAGUUAUAUUAAAAGCCAAAUUGCUUCAAGUAACUUUGAAGGUGUAGUGCAGGUUUGGGAUGUCUCAAGAAGCCAACUUUUCAUGGAAAUGAGAGAGCAUGAGAGGAGGGUUUGGUCUGUGGACUUCUCGGUAGCAGAUCCAACUAUGUUGGCCAGCGGCAGUGAUGACGGUUCUGUUAAACUUUGGAACAUCAAUCAGGCAAUUCUACUUUUGAAACUAAACGGUGUUAGUGUUGGAACCAUCACAACAAAAGCAAAUGUAUGCUGUGUUCAAUUUCCUUUUGAUUCUGGCCAUUCUCUUGCAUUUGGAUCAGCAGAUCACAGGAUAUAUUACUAUGAUCUACGGAAUACUAAAAUGCCUUUAUGCACUCUAAUUGGGCACAACAAGACGGUGAGCUAUGUCAAGUUUAUUGAUUCAACAACACUUGUCUCUGCAUCAACCGAUAACACGAUAAAGCUUUGGGAUUUGUCAAUGUGCUCAUCUCGGAUUCUUGAUUGCCCUCUUCAGUCAUAUACUGGACAUAUGAAUGUAAAGAACUUUGUUGGCCUGUCCGUAUCUGAAGGUUUCAUUGCAACUGGAUCAGAAACAAAUGAGGUUUUCAUAUACCACAAAGCAUUUCCAAUGCCCGCAUUUGUAUCCAACAAGUUUACAAGCACAGACCCGCUUUCUGGGGACGUGGUGGAGGAUGCUGCGCAAUUUAUCUCGUCUGUUUGCUGGCAUGGUAAGUCAUCCACCUUAGUUGCUGCAAAUUCAAUGGGUAAUAUCAAGCUCUUGGAGAUGGUUUAGAUCUCUGGAGGCUUAAAAAAAAAAAAAAAACCAAGUAAAUGACUGCAACCAAAGGUAUUGUGGCACCUGAGGUCAAAUAUAGUAGGAACUGUAGGCUACAGCAACACCAAAAAGGAAAAAAAUUGUGAUUAAAAAAAAAAAAAACUGAUUUUUGUAAGUAGUUAAUAGCGGAAACAACUAAAUUGGGGUACGAGAGUUAACUUUUGAUGAAAUGUAUUAUAGAUAACAGUUAGGAGAGGGUGAAGAUGAAAAAUAUGCAGUUUUGUGGCCAAGACAAACAGAUUAUUGUUGCCUAUAUUCUUCUUAUAUUUGGUACUAUUGUACUAAGAUCAGUUGAACUGCCUCAAGAUGACUUUUAUUUGUAUUGAGAUUAGUUCAACUGACUCCAAGAUGUCAGAAAUUUGUUGAAGGUAACCAAACAUUUAUAU